AUGGGACGACAUCGGCGGCCUGGAGGACACGAAGCGUGCGUUGCAGGAUCGACCAUCUUGUACCCCAUCGACCACCCAGAAAAGUUCGAGAAGUUCGGCAUGACGCCCUCCCGAGGUGUGCUCUUCUACGGCCCCCCGGGAUGCGGCAAGACGCUGCUCGCCAAGGCCGUGGCCAGCGAGUGCUCGGCCAACUUCGUGAGCAUCAAGGGCCCUGAGCUGCUCACCAUGUGGUUCGGCGAGUCCGAGGCUAAUGUCCGGGAGGUCUUCGACAAGGCCAGGGCCGCGGCCCCUUGCGUGCUUUUCUUCGACGAGCUCGAUUCGGUGGGCGUGGCGCGUGGGUCUGGCGGCGGAGACGCGGGAGGCGCGGGAGACCGCGUCAUGAACCAGCUGCUGACGGAGAUCGACGGCGUGGGCGUGAAGAAGAACGUCUUCUUCAUCGGCGCCACUAAUCGCCCCGAGCUCCUCGACGAGGCCCUGCUGCGGCCUGGCCGGCUUGACCAGCUGAUCUACAUCCCGCUGCCCGACCUGCCGGCCAGGCAGAACAUCCUCGAGGCCACGCUGAAGAAGUCUCCCAUCGCGCCCAACGUGCCUCUGCCCUUCGUGGCGCAGAAGACCGAGGGCUUCUCUGGGGCCGACCUCGCCGAGCUCUGCCAGAGGGCGGCCAAGGCCGCGAUCCGCGACGCCAUCGCAGCGGAGGAGCUGAAGGCGGGCGACGACGCGAUGGACGACGGCGCCGCCAGCGAGAUCGGCAGGAAGAAACACUUCGAGGAGGCCUUCGCGGGUGCCCGCCGCUCUGUGGCCGCCACGGACCUGGCGAAGUUCGACCAGUUCCGCAAGAAAUUCGACCCCGUCUACAUGACCCAGUCUGGCGGCGGCAGCGGAAUGGUGAUCAAUUGGCCGGAUGGUCCCGGCAUUGGCGGAGGCAACGCCGCAGCGGCUGCGGACGAUGACGAUGACCUUUAUGGCUGA